UCCCACUUUUCCACAAUAUUGCAAGCAGAAGAAUGUCGUCACAAACGGCAACUCCUGUUCGAAGUACAGUUUACGUUGCGAAUUUACCUUUUGAUCUAACAAACAUCGACGUGCGGAAGUUAUUUGAAAAGUACGGCCAAAUUGCUAGAGUGACUAUUCUACGAGAUCGACAUUCCCGCAAAAGUCAGGGUGUAGCUUUCGUUCUGUUUACAAACAGCAAAGAUGCGGAACAAUGUUGCACGGCAGUAAACAACGUUCAAAUGUUUGGACGAACGGUGAAGGCGAGCAUUGCCAAAGACAACGGCCGGGGGCCGCAGUUUGCUAAAAGGCGCGAAUAUCCCGACAAAAGUCGCUGCUACGAGUGUGGUGAACAUGGCCACGUGAGCUACAAGUGCCCCAAAAACGUGUUGGGUGAUAAGUCUCCUCCUAGGACUAAAUGUAAAAAACGGGUAAAGAAUCGUGAAGAAAACGGCGGUGAUGCCGCAAGCGAUGAAGACGACCGGAUUAGGCGAAUAGUAGAUGGAAGUCAACAGACAUCGUGCAUUCGAACAAAGCGGAUUCGUUACAAGAAAAGCGAAUAUUUCAGCGACGACGAAGAGAUUGAAGAUGACUGAAGUACUGUGAUAAAGCAAUUUCGGCUGGACUGAAUCGGUAAUGAAAAGUAAAAGCUUUGUGUUGUCACUGAGCUCGACAAGUUUUCACUUAAAACGGAAUGUUCGGAUAAUUUGAUACAGUUCCAAAGUACUUCCUACGGUAUUAGUUCUAUUAGAAACAAAAUCCUUAAGAUCUACUGCCUAUUUUCGCCACUGACUAUGUGUAAUUCUAACAUUACCGUAACGAUAAUCAAUCGCAUGCCGAUCGCAUGUUAAAAAACUUUGUGAUUUACAAAACCGAUCAAAAUUCCCUUGGAUCCCAAAAAAAUCCUAUACAUAAUUGCGUGUAUCAUAUUUUUCCUUUUACCAUAAAAUUUAUUCUUUUUAUAUUGAAAAAAAAAAGUGCUAAACUAAGAGUGACUCGACUCACAGGCAAGCUGCCAAACAAUUUCAAAUUUAUCUCGAACGUUGGCGCA